AUGAGUUAAACAAAGGAAAUAAAAGUAGUCUUAUUAGGAGUUUCAGGAGUUGGAAAAAGUAGCCUUUUGUAUAGAUUUGUUGAGAAUGAUUUUCAAGAAAAGGGCCAACCUACUUUGGGAGCAGCAUUUUAGAGCAAAACAAUAUUAAUAGAUGGAAAAGCAUUGAAAUUUUAAAUAUGGGAUACUGCAGGUUAAGAGAAAUAUAAGGCAAUAUUACCUUUAUAUUAUAGGGAUGCAAAAGUAGCUCUUUUAGUUUAUGAUGUUAAUGAUUUAUAAAGUUUUGAAGGAGUAAAAGAAUGGUUUCAAUAAUUGCAGGAUUAAGGACCUAUAGAUUAAAUUAGAGUGAUAAUAGGAAAUAAAUGCGAUUUAGAGCAGAAUGUAUCAGAUAACAUGGCUGAAGAAUUGGCCAGAUAAUACAACGCUAACUUUUUUAAAACAAGUUGCAAAGAAAACUUGGGAGUGCAAGAAACAUUCAUUUAAAUAGGGGAACGGGUUUUUAAAGAACAGUUGAUAGAAGAGAAUCGUAAAUCAAACACUGAAAAUGUAAACUCCACUUUGAAGAUUGGACCGCAGAAUCCUAAUAGCAAACAACAUUAAAAUAAGCCCUUUUGUUGCUGA